CCACUUCCGGGAUCUGUCAGCCUCUCCCUGUGGGACCUGCCUCCUCCGCCCGCGCCCGCCCGGGAGCCCGUUCGCGUCGACUGACCAGAGUCCGCGAAUCCUCGGCUCCGGAGCCCUCUGCGCCGCCCCAAACCCAGCUUUCUGUGCUUUGAAAACACUAAGAAUCAUGUCCCUGCAUCAGUUUUUACUAGAGCCAAUCACCUGUCAUGCCUGGAACAGGGAUCGUACCCAGAUUGCCCUUAGCCCCAAUAAUCACGAAGUGCACAUCUACAAGAAGAAUGGGAGCCAGUGGAUAAAAGCUCAUGAGCUCAAGGAACAUAAUGGACAUAUCACAGGUAUUGACUGGGCUCCUAAGAGUGACCGCAUCGUUACCUGCGGGGCUGACCGCAAUGCCUACGUCUGGAGUCAGAAAGAUGGUACCUGGAAACCAACCCUGGUGAUCCUAAGGAUUAACCGCGCAGCUACUUUUGUGAAGUGGUCUCCCCUAGAGAACAAAUUUGCUGUGGGAAGUGGAGCACGGCUCAUUUCUGUUUGUUACUUCGAGUCCGAAAAUGACUGGUGGGUAAGCAAGCACAUUAAGAAGCCCAUUCGCUCCACAGUCCUCAGCUUGGACUGGCACCCCAACAACGUUCUGCUGGCUGCAGGAUCGUGUGACUUCAAAUGCAGAGUGUUUUCUGCCUACAUUAAAGAAGUGGAUGAGAAACCAGCCAGCACGCCCUGGGGCAGCAAGAUGCCGUUUGGUCAGCUGAUGUCAGAGUUUGGUGGCAGUGGGACUGGUGGCUGGGUCCAUGGGGUCAGCUUCUCUGCCAGUGGGAGCCGCCUGGCCUGGGUCAGCCAUGACAGCACUGUGUCCGUUGCUGAUGCCUCGAGCAGUGUGCAGGUCUCCACUCUGAAAACUGAGUUCCUGCCGCUCCUGAGUGUAUCGUUUGUCUCGGAGAAUAGUGUCGUAGCUGCUGGCCACGACUGCUGCCCAAUGCUCUUUAACUACGAUGACCGCGGCUGCCUGACUUUUGUCUCCAAGCUAGACAUUCCGAAGCAGAGCAUCCAGCGCAACAUGUCUGCCAUGGAACGCUUCCGCAAUAUGGACAAGAGGGCCACGACCGAGGACCGCAACACAGCUUUGGAGACGCUGCACCAGAAUAGCAUCACUCAAGUAUCUAUUUAUGAGGUGGACAAGCAAGAUUGUCGCAAAUUUUGCACUACUGGCAUCGAUGGAGCCAUGACAGUUUGGGAUUUCAAGACCCUAGAGUCUUCAAUCCAGGGCCUCCGGAUAAUGUGAAGCCGAGUGAACCUCCACCAUCCCUCAUGAGGAACGGGGCUGACCACAGCCGUGUGCAUGGUGUCAAGGACGCCAGCCCCAAGGAAACACUGUAAACCCGGACCGCACAGAUAGUGUGUGUUCGUUUGAAUAUAAUUGCUGAAAGUGUUGGUUUUAAAGGCAGCAGUGGUUUCUUUUUAUUUUAUUUCAUUUUAUUUUUGCAAUUUCAUUCCAUUCUUGACCAAAGCUUCUCUUUGAGUAGUUUAUUAUGGAACUGUGUGUGUCUUACUGACUUAAAGGAAAGGGUGAGGGAAGUGUGUAAGUUGUCUGCUAGAAAAUGAAAUAAAAAUCCCGAAUGUG